GUGGUCUUCAAUGGUUCAGCUCCUACUACGACAGGCGUUUCUCUUAACGAUAUACAACUUAUAGGCCCACAGGUACAAGACUCCUUAUUUGCUAUCCUCUUGAGAUUUCGCCAUCAUAAAUUCGUCUUGGCGGGCGACAUAGACAAGUUCUUUCGCCAGGUCCUAGUACAUGAGGACGAUCGAAAUCUCCAACUCAUAUUGUGGAGAGAGAAUGAGGACCAGCCUAUUAGGACACUUAGGCUCAAUACCGUCACCUACGGGUUUGCUAGUGCGAGUUACCUGAGCACUAAGUGUUUGUGGCAACUGGGCGAGCAAUGCACAGACCACACUAUAAAAGAAAUUGUGCAGAAAGAUUUAUAUUGCGACGAUCUUCUAACAGGCGCUGAUUCGAAGGCGGACCUGCUCUAUAUACUCAAUAAUACUACCGCAGUACUGAAAUCUGGUUGCUUUAACCUACGUAAAUUUCGUUCAAAUGCACCGGACAUCUUUCCAGCUUCAAAUGUCAACCUACAAGAAAAGUUAAGCUUGAGCGACGCUUCUAGUGCUCUCGGCCUAGGUUGGGAUCCUGAAACUGACGAUAUUCACUUCACUAUUGAGCCUCCUUGCUCUAGUAGCAAUGUUAUCACUAAACGACAUAUAUUAUCUACAUCUUUCAGAAUUUUCGAUCCGUUAGGGCUCCUCUCACCUUGCACCGUCCAGCCUAAAAUGCUAAUGCAGCAGCUGUGGCGGCGUGGACUGGACUGGGACGAACCCGUCCCACAUGACCUGCAAAAAGAAUGGCACAAGAUCAGUUCUAGCCUCCCAUCCCUAUCGAACAUGACCAUACCACGCAGAGUCCUAUGCGACGAUCCAAUCCAGAUUGAGCUUCAUUCAUUCUGUGACGCCUCCAUGCUUGCCUAUGGCGCGUGUGUUUAUCAGCGAUCCACGGAUAAACAGGGUAAUAUCACAGUCAAUCUACUAUGCGCUAAGUCCCGAGUGGCGCCAACUAAACCGCCGCUCACUAUACCUAAACUGGAACUACUAGGUGCACUGCUCUCUGCUAAUCUCACAAAAACAGUACUGGAGUCUCUACGAUGCCCUAUCUCCUCUUGUACACACUGGACAGAUUCUACUGUGGUACUGGCAUGGCUCCACAGCAGCCCGAGCAAGUUAAAACCCUUCGUCGCAAAUAAAACUGUAGAAAUACUAGAACAUACUAACUUGUCUUCGUGGCAACACGUACCUACCUCCAGCAAUCCGGCUGACUUCAUCUCACGUGGUGUCUCCGCUGAGAAGCUACCUAAUCUCAGCAUGUGGUGGUCUGGUCCCUCCUUCCUCGCGCUCGAUCAAUCCCUGUGGCCGGUACCUGCAACAAAAAACAAUAUUAACCACUUACCUGAGAUGAAAAUCCUAUCCACGACGUCAGCCGAUAAUCCCGUACUCACGGACGAUUCUACUCCAAUCUCCACUCUUCCUGCGACGACAGCAGACGAUCCCGUACUUACGGACGACUCCCAUUCGAUCUCCAAUUAUCCUGAAACAAAUACAAUAAAAAGUACAAUAAAAAACAAUAAUAACUAUGACUACAAUCACUUACCUUCGAUGAACAUCUCGUUACCGACGCAAGUCGACGAUCCUUUCGUGUCGUUUAUAAACUUCUCUCGUUUCAGCAAGCUAAAGCGUACUUACGCCUACGUUCUCAGGUUCGUGCACAAUCUUAAGCACCCAUCUUCAAAAAUUAAAGGACCUCUGAACGUCGAGGAGCUGCAGAAGUCGUUUUCUAUUCUUCUCAGGCACGCACAAAUGCAAUCCUUUCCUAAGGAAUAUUCUGCUCUAUCUAAUCAGCAAUCUAUAAGUUCUAAAAACAAUCUUCUAUCCCUCACGCCUUUUUUAGAUAAAGAGGGAGUCAUGCGAGUGGGUGGUAGGCUCGAUUCUUCUCUUUACAGCUUUACUAAAAAGCAUCCUGCCAUCCUAGACUCCAAUCACCAUCUCACUAAAUUAAUCUUCCAGUUCGAGCACCUCCGCCUGCUGCACGCCGGGCCGGCCCUCAUGCUGAGCACGGUCCGGGAGUACGUGUGGCCCACCAGUGGGCGUCGUCUAGCUCGCGCCGUGGCGCGCGCCUGCGUGGCGUGCCGCCGCCUGCGGCCCGCGCCGCUGGCGCCGCGCAUGGCCGACCUGCCCGCGCAGCGCGUCACACCUGCACCGGCCUUCCAAACCAUAGGCAUGGACUACGCGGGUCCAUUUACAAUACUCAACAAGAAGGGGCGCGGCGCUCGCACUACAAAAUGCUACCUUUGUUUGUUCAUUUGUUUCCGCUACAAAUGCGUACAUUUGGAGGCAGUUAGCGAUCUCUCCAUGGAGGCAUUCAUUCUAUCUUUUAGGCGCUUUAUAUCGCGGCGAGGUAAGCCACUGGAAGUGUUUUCUGAUAACGGCAGGAAUUUCGUAGCCGCCGCCAAAGAAAUCAAUAAAUUCAUUAAUGAUAACGUGAACAAUCUGUCCGAUUUUGCAGCGAAUGAAGGUAUCAAAUUCAAUUUCCAUCCUGCCUAUGCUCCUCAUUUCUCUGGGUUAGCGGAAGCUGGCAUUAAGUCAGCUAAGCAUCAUAUUAAACGCGUAUUGGGGCUCGCUAACUUAACCUUCGAAGAGUUGACUACGCUAUUCGCGCAGGUUGAGGCUACAAUGAACAGCCGUCCCCUCUAUCCUCUAUCUUCCUCCCCUCAAGAUUUCCUUCCUCUCACCCCAGGUCACUUCUUGAUUGGCCGGCCGAUGACGUCACUACCAUCACCUGCAAUACCCGAAGACACGUCGCGCACCAUACAAUCACGGUACAAGAGGUUGGAAAUGCUACGUCAGUCAUUCUGGAGAAGAUGGCAGCACGAUUAUAUCGCUGAGCUCCAACAAAGGACAAAAUGGAAAGAAAAUCAUAACAAUUUGAAAAUCGGAGAUCUCGUUAUCAUCCAAGAAGACAACGUGCCCCCGCUGUGCUGGCGUCUCGGACGAAUCAAGCAACUAUACCCCGGUGCAGACGGCAUAGCUCGUGUGGCGGACAUCAAUACAACGAGAGGCUGCGUGCGACGAGCCCUUACGCGCCUCUGCCCGCUGCUCCCAUAACCGGGCCCCGAGUAUGUUCACGCCAACGUGAACGCACCAUAAUACUGAAAAACGGCAACACCGAUGAAGUUCCGGUCCCGGUCCCGGUCUUCUUUCAAUUCGCUCUCUCUCUACGAUCUAUCUCCGCGUCACGCACUUAACGACCAACUAACUAAUAUAACAAUGUAACUAUCGCGUACGCGCACAACA